CUGGCGGCCCGCCGCGGGAGCAGUCGUCCGGCCGGUCUCUCCGCUCGCUCGGUGUCAGUCGGGGCAGGACGUCUGUCGACCGGGGAGCGAUGGUGUCCUCCGCGCUGCUCCUGGCGGUGCUGGCCGUGGUGCUGGCCCCAGCGGCAGCAGCCGGCCGCUCUCAGCAGGAUCUGUUCCGACCCCUCCCCGGCGAGCUCUCGUUCGACCUCGAUCAGCUGGAGGACCUGGAUGAGCCGCCGCUCGCCCCUCCGGUCGGCGUCGUCGCCCGUCGGCGGAGGCCCCUGACGGCGAGAUCCUACCAGCACGCCGCCAAGAUGCAGGGAGCGUUCGGCAUCGACCUGUUCCAGGUCCUGGCGGCGCACGACUCCACCUCUAACGUCGUGUUCUCCCCGAUGAGCGUGGGCACGGCGCUGGCCAUGCUGUACGCUGGCAGUCGCGGUCAGACAGCUGAACAGCUGUGGGCGGCGCUUCACCUGGCCGGAGAGAAACGCGAGCUGAUGCACAGCCACCGCCGGCUCGUGCGCCACACAAAGAAGCUGGCGCGUGACGGUAUCGAGAUGGUGAUUGUCAGCGACCUGUUCACGUCGGAGGAGCUGCCGCUGAACCCCAAGUUCCCGCGCUACGCCAGCGGCAUGUUCAACUCGACUGUGACCUCGGUGCCGUUCGACAUCCCCUAUCUGACCGCAGAGAUCAUCAACGGACGCUUCUACAACGCUACGCAGGGCGUCAUAGACAGCCUCGUCAGCUCCGACAUGCUGAGCGAGGACACGCAGUUUGUGCUGGCGAACGCCGUGUUCUUCCGCGGCAGCUGGCUGAUGCAGUUUGACGCGGCGGCCACCGCUGAGGGGGUGUUCCAGUCUCCGGCCGGACCGCGGCAGGUCCAAAUGAUGAGCACCAAGAAGGUGUUCCCCAUAGCAGAGCUGUACCAGCUGAACGCUAGGGCGUUGCUGCUGCCGUACAAGGGUGAGAAGCUCGGCAUGCUGAUCCUGCUGCCGAACGAUCCGGCCGGCCUGGACUCCCUGGUGGCCGCCCUCAACAUGACUGUCAUCUCGGACACACUGCGGAAGCUGGACGGGCUCGGUGACGUGCUGGUCAAGAUGCCCAAGUUUGACAUCGAGUCGGAGCUGGAUCUGCAGCCACUACUGAUCGAGCUCGGGGUCAGGGACCUGUUUGACCCGGCCGUGGUGAACAUGACCCGGGUGACCGGUCAGCGCGGCGCCGCCAUCAGCACGGCCGUCCACAAGGCGCGGCUCAGCGUCAGCGAGGAGGGGACAGAGGCGGCCGCCGCCACAGCGUUCGUGAACCUGUUCCGGAGCGUGCCGGACCCGAUCCGACCAUUCGUCGUGGACCGGCCGUUCGCGUUCGCCGUGCUGGAGAUGAGCUCCUCGGCAGUGCUGUUCCUGGGCCGGGUGACCGAUCCCACUCCUCAGCCGGAGGAGCUCCAGCCCGAGCCCCAGCCCGACCUCUCAGCGCUCUUCCUCUGAGGAGGGAGGAGACUGGCGGAGAGCUGACUGGCGAAGGAGCAGCCGCAAUGGACUGGCACAGACGGGCUAGUACGGUAUGAGUGCUACCGCGCGGGUGUAUGGGUGUUUGGCCCUUUGGUAUCUGCUGAUUCCUGAUUGUGAGACAGACGGGUAGUUUGGUGUAAAAUGUUAAAAUGAUCUUCAUCUAACUAUCGUAUACACAUCCAAUAAAAUGACAAUUUGCC